AUGUGGAAGUCGCAGGCCAUGGCUGAAUCAUUUGCAGGGCGACGUCAGCGCCGGGUAGUGGAUACUGCACCAAACCCGAUCCCAAAGUACAAAGUGCUGCUCGUGGGGGGAGCCAGCGUCGGCAAGACCAGCAUCUUUCGACGGCUGCUCCAUACUGGCGGCGACUUUGGCGAGCUUAGCCCACCUGGGACCGUGGGUGUCAACAUUGGCGUCAAAUGUGUCGACGUCGAAGGCCUCGGUCCCAUGGUUGUCGAGUUGUGGGACGUACCGUCGAUCGCCGCGCCAGACAAAUCCUGCCAGAACGAGCUGUACUUUGACAACACCCACGGUAUCUUAUUCGUGCACAGUGCAGUCAACCGUGGUAGUUUCCAGCACCUCCAAGCGUACCACACUGCAUUCACAUUGCACUCAACAAGUAUGCCCGUCGCCAUGCUUGUGUUGAAGAACAAGUCGGACGACACCAUCGACGAGACUGCCUCAAUACAUCUGCAAUGGCUCGAGACACAAAAGAUAGACCAGGUCAACGUAUCUGCCAAGAUGAACGUGGGGCUGUUGGCGUGCCUGCGACGCCUGCUCGGGGAGAUCGCCACAUCAAAUCAACCUCCGAAUAAUGCAAAUAGUGAUUGCCAGGUAUUACAAGCCAAGUCAUAA